AUGCUUCCGCUCUCGCCCAUCACCAUGGAAUGGAGUCUCUCGCUCCUGCAUAACCUCCUAAAGGACAAGAAGGCUUUUAGGUGGAUCCCCAACGACGUCGCAACCCUCAACGGCGACGAGGCGGCGGCCUUGGAGAGGACGCGGGUGGAACUUCUUCGAGUGCGUGCGCGGCUAUGCACGCUGAAAGGAAUUCUGCGGGAUAUCCUGGAGAAGGGGCGCUUUUUCGGCGACACCCCCCCGCAGCAGGCGGACACGGGGCACCGCCUCCAGACCGUCCUCACGGCUCUCAAGGAGCAACUCGAGGAGUCCUCCGCGCAGGAAAGUCUUCUUCUCAAGACCUUGGGCGAUGACGAAGCUCGGGCUGCGGCGGCGCGGAGCCGUCAUUUUCUAACCUCCCAAUGCAAGGCUCUCUGUCGGGAUCUAUCCGAUGCCCUGUUGAGUUCCCACUCCGCUAUCUUCGUGAAUGGCGUCCUGGUGCGUCUGUCAGGCCUGAUGGAGGAGGCCACGCUAACCGUCAGGCACGUCGACCCCGCCUUCCGCGAGGUCUCUUGUGAGGUGGUUCGUCUGUUGAUUGGAGUUCUUUAUCACUAUAACGACGUGUGCUUGAGCGGGCACGCGAUUCGCUGCCUCGCCUGGGUGGGGAUGUAUCGCUUUGACGACCCCGCCAACGCCGUUCUCGGCUGUUACCUCGGCGGAAUUCUACGGCAGCCACCUAGGGCGCCUCUCCCUGCUGCGCUACGCGACCUCCUUGGCCUCCCUUCCACCGUAUCCGAUGCGGGGAGGUUCGCGCAGCUCAAACUUCGCCUUCUCGACGUGCUGCUGAGUUGGUGCGAUUACGAUGAAGAUGGCCUCACGCUGCGCAACGUCGAUCGUCUUGAAGGGGGACUUUUCGACCUCCUCACGGCGCUCUGCCGGCCGCCGGAGGAGACGGCUGUGCAGGUGGCGGCGCUUCACCUCAUAGGGUGCUUCGUCGUCUCCUCCGCCUCGCGCGUCGCCCUGGGGAGAGUGGUGGAGCUCGUUGUGGAGGUCUUUCGCCAUUCCCCCGUGGCGAUGGCGAAGGCGGCGGGAGCGUCGGUGCUGGGGUACAUCGCCGCGACGUUAUCCUCGCAGCGGACGUUGGCGACGUUGCAGGAUGUGGACCUCGGGAGGCUCUUGGAUAUUGCCCGGGCGAUGGAGACGUAUCACUCACCUCAGGGAUCGCUUAGCUUGGGCGAGGAUUUGCUCCAUGAGGAAGUCAUUCGGAGGCAUGGGUCUGAUAUUGUGCGGCUGUUACAAGAUAGUGGCCGACAAAUGCUAAUCUCUGAGCUUCCAUUGUAA